AUGGCGAACAAGUUUGGAUUAGGUUCUUUAUCUUUAGAAACUAAAAUACCCAACACAACAGCGUGGAUAAAUAAAGCGAAACCUUACUUUGUGGAUCAAAUCGGAGACACUCUUCGAGGUGAUUUAGAUAUGAACAAUUUCAAAGUAACUGAUAUAAAAUCUCCGGAAAACGAUAAUGACGCUGUUCGCGAGAAAUAUUUACGGGAACAAAUAAAUUCAAUUGAAGUAAAAGUUGAUACAAUAUUCUUCAAACAAAACUUAUAUCAAUUUGAAAAAGUUAACGCUCGUAAAGUUCUUCAGUUUAUCAAUGGUACAAAAAAUGUAGAAACUAAAGAAUUAGAAAUUAACGACGAAAACAGCAAGCCUUAUCACUUAUAUGAAAUUAAAACGAGUGGAAAAUAUAUAGAUAGGUUUAGAAUGUUAAUCAUACCAGAUAAAGAAGAAGAUGAAUUUUCAUUUAGUGUUUUUGAUAUGAUAAAGGAAACGGAAAGUCCACCAUCAAUAAGUAUUAUUAGAAAUCCAGAACCAAAACAAGUUGCAAUCAGUUAUCAGUUUUUACGAGCAACAGACUUUGAAUACGUAAAACUAUAUUUUGUUAAUAAAAGUUUUUUUCAUAAAGACACAUUUAUCUAUCCAACUGAUUUAUUUACCUCAAUCGAUAUUCAUAAAAGUCAACUAGGAAAACAAUUUAUAAUAUUUUCAUCAAUAAUUGAACAAAAUGAUGUAACAGAAGUUGGAGGUAUAUAUACCUGUAGAUGUAAAAUAAGCAUCAAUAUCAAAAAAACAAAAUUUUCAGUUCAUCUGGAUGAGAUUAAUGAUUCGAAAGAACAAAUAUUCUUAGUAAGUGUAAUAGUUUUUUUUAUUAAACCUGAAAUAAUUAUAACAGAUAAUGAAAAAAUAAAGAAUGAACGUCUUUAUGGGCAACCUGUUGUAGAUGUUAAACACUUUCCAUAUUUUGCUUUAUCAGAAAUUCACUUAAUUCAAUUACCUAAAAAAAUGGAACUCGAAAGUGGACAACAAUAUAUGAUAGAAAAACAAAAAGGAACUAAAAGAAAAGCUAAAUUCAAUUCAACAAUUCAACCAAUGUAG